CUGCGGCGGGCGCGGCGGCGAGCCAGGAGGACGGCCCGCCCGCGCGCUGCUGCGCUGCUCAGCGCCCGGCCUGCUGCGGCCAUCGCCCGCGGGACCCGCCGCUCGCCCAGCCAGAAGAGUUAACGAGUCUGCACAGUUUUAAGAACAAAGCCUUUAAGAAACCCCAGGUCUGCGGGGUUUGCAAGCAGAUUAUCGACAGCCAAGGGAUCGCAUGCCGAGCCUGCGAGUGCUGCUGCCACAAGCCAUGUGAAGCCAAGGUGGUGACUCACCGCUGCGCACAGGUGUACCUGGGACAGGCUCCGGGGGCUUCUGCACCAUCCGCUGCUCUCUGCCGUGCCAGACCGCCCAGGCCCACGGGGCUGAGCUGCACCAUGGAGGACGGACGCGAGCUGGACCUCACCUACGUCACCGAGCGCAUCAUCGCCGUGUCUUUCCCUGCCGGCUGCUCCGAGGAGUCCUACCUGCGUGGCCUGCAGGAGGUGACGCGGAUGCUGAGGUCCAAGCACGGGGACAACUACCUGGUGUUAAACCUUUCCGAAAAGAGAUAUGACCUUACAAAGCUCAACCCAAAGAUCCUGGACGUGGGCUGGCCGGAGCUGCACGCGCCGCCCCUGGACCAGGUGUGCACCAUCUGCAAGGCGCAGGAGACCUGGCUGAACAGUGACCCCCAGCACGUGGUCGUCAUCCACUGUAGGGGUGGGAAGGGACGCAUCGGCGUGGUCAUAUCCUCCUACAUGCACUUCACCAACGUGUCGGCCAGCGCUGACCAAGCCCUCGACAGGUUUGCGAUGAAGAAGUUCUAUGAUGAUAAAGUUUCAGCCCUAAUGCAGCCUUCCCAGAAGCGGUACGUGCAGUUUCUCAGCGGGCUCCUGUCGGGGACGGUGAAAAUGAAUGCCUCGCCUCUCUUCCUGCAUUUUGUCAUCCUUCACGGCACUCCCAACUUCGACGCGGGCGGAGCGUGCCGGCCCUUCCUGAAGCUAUACCAGGCCAUGCAGCCCGUGUACACAUCCGGGAUCUACAACGUGGGCCCGGAAACCCAAAGCAGCAUCUACAUCGCCAUCGAGCCCGCCCAGCUGCUGAAAGGCGACAUCAUGGUCAAGUGCUACCACAAGAAGUACCGCUCGGCUACCCGCGACGUGAUUUUCCGCCUGCAGUUUCACACGGGGGCCGUUCAGAGCUUCGGACUCGUGUUCGGGAAGGAGGAUCUGGACAACGCGAGCCAAGAUGACCGUUUUCCCGAUAAUGGCAAGAUUGAGUUGCUUUUCUCCGCCACUCCCGAGAAGCUUAAAGGGUGUGAACACUUGCGCAAUGACCACGGAGUGAUUGUGGACUUCAACACCGCAGACCCUCUGAUCCGCUGGGACUCCUACGAGAGCCUGAGCGUGGGGGGAGAAGUGCUACACACACAGGGCCCCGUUGAUGGCAGUCUUUAUGCCAAGGUGAGGAAAAAGAGCGCCUCAGAUCCUGGUGUCCCAGGUGGGUCUCCAGGCGUCCCCACCGCCAGCAGCCCGGACCACGGCGACCACACCCUGUCCGUCAGCAGCGACUCCGGCCACUCCACCGCCUCCGUCAGGACCGACAGGACCGAGGAGCCCCUUGCCGUGGGGUCCAGGAGGGGGCUGAGCCCCCAAGAGAAGGCUGAGCUGGACCAGCUGCUCAGUGGCUUUGGCCUGGAGGAUUCCGGAAGCCCCAUCAAGGAUACGACGGAUGCCCCCAUCAAGUACGGCGGGACACGCCACAUUGUGCCAGCUCAGGUGCACGUGAACGGAGACGUCACACUCAAGGACCGGGAGACGGACAUCCUGGACGACGAGAUGCCUGGCCAUGACCUGCACAGCGUGGACAGCAUCGGGACCCUGUCCUCCUCGGAGGGCCACCCAUCAGCCCACCUGGGCCCCUUUGCCUGCCACCAAAGCAGCCAGAACUCCCUCCUGUCGGACGGGUUUGGCAGCAAUGCUGGCGAGGACGCCCAUGGCAGCCUUGCCCCUGACCUGAGCCUCGGCGUGGAACCCCUGUACGAGCGGGAGCGGGCGUUCAGGACCCGAGAGUGCAAGCAGCCACCACCAGUGCUCCAGAGGCCCUCGGUGUCCGCCCAGACGCAGGCCUACGGACAGAGCGGCUACUCCACGCAGACCUGGGUGCGCCAGCAGCAGAUGGUGGCCGCCCACCAGUACAGCUUCGCACCCGACGCUGAGGCCAGGCUCGUGGGCCGCAGCCCGGAGGACGGCUCUGGCCUGGUGCAAUCCCAGCCCAGGGUUCCAGUCACCCCCACUCGGGGGGCAGGCAGCAGAAUGGCCCUCCAGAGGAGCCUGGGUCCCGGGCCCCAGGUCCCCGAUGCACAGCGGCCCCCUCCAGGCAGAGCAUUCAAGCCGAGAUUUCCAGACGUCAGAGUCGUGAAUGGGACUGGACCGGAGCCGAGCGCGGACUCCUCCCCGGGCUCACCCACCCUGGACAUCGACCAGUCCAUCGAGCAGCUCAACAGGCUCAUCUUGGAGCUGGACCCUACUUUCGAGCCCAUCCCCACCCACAUGAACACGCUGGGCAGCCAGGCCAACGGCCCCCUGCUCCCUGACAGCGGGGGAGGUGGGCUGCGGGUAAGCGGCCUGCAGGACAUAGGAGAGGGCCCGGGCAGGGCCUCUGUGCGGCAAGGCUCCUCGGGGGACGAGCCGCUGGGCGAAAGAUUCCGGAAGCUGAGCCUCGGGCAGUAUGACAACGAUGCUGGGGGGCAGCCAGCCUUCUCCAGAUGUGGAUGGGGGAAGACCCCCGGUGUAGACCAGGCCACAGGUCUGGCGCCUUUCCUCUCUCCAGCAGAUGCCAAGGAGACGGUGGCCGCCGCAUACCCCCCAGACCCCAGCGGGAUCAGCGGCAGGACCUUCACACCAACCAAGGGUGGCGCUGACUCCGCCUCUCCCACGCCGGCGUUUCCCGUGUCUCCAGAAACACCGUAUGUGACAACACCCCCACAUUACGCGCCCUUCACCCCGCCCGGGCCGCAGGUGGGCAGCACCGGUGGUCUGUACAGAGGCGCUCCCGAUACUCGAGGCUGCGCUGAGAUCCUGCAUCGUGCAGCGGGGAUGUCCGAGAGCCCCGGGGGGCCCAGACCUGCGGCACUCCGGGCAGACGUGCCAGCGGGACCUGCCUUUCAGCGGGCGUUCGCGUCCUCCUGCACUGUCUCCAGCGGCAGCCCCAGCCAGCGGCGGGACAGCCCUUCGUCGGCCGAGCUCCCGUGGGUGGAGAGCAGCCCCAAGGCCACCCCGGCUCCGCUGGGGAGCAGCCGGCCGGUAGGAAGCCUCCUCGGCGCCGAAGAGUUCCCCAGCCCUGGUCCCGACGGCCCCGGACGGCCCCACCGCCUGCCUGCGGAGCUCCAGGCCUCUUUGCACAACCAUGAGCUGUCCCUGGCGGAGCCCCCCGAAGCUGUGGUCCCCCCAGGUGGCCAGGCCUUCCUGAGCUUUAGCACGGCCCCCGUGGGAAGCGGCCUUCCCCCGGCAGAGGACCCAGGGGCCAUGCUGGCUCAUUCCCACGGAGCCCCCCAGGCCCCUGGCACCCCGCGGACAGCAGCGGCCGACAACGGCUUCCUUUCCCACGGCUUUCUCACGGUGACGCCUGGCCACAGCAGCCACCACAGCCCAGUCCUGCCGGGCCAGGGCCUGACCCUGCCCGGGCAGCCCCCCCUUCCCGAGAAGAAGCGCGCCUCAGAGGGGGACCGGUCUCUGGGUUCGGCCUCCCCGUCCUCCAGUGGCUUCUCCAGCCCGCACAGUGGAAGCACCAUGAGCAUCCCAUUCCCAAAUGUCCUCCCGGACUUCCCCAAGCCUCUGGAGGCCGCAGCGCCCUCCCCAGAUAACCCGGGUGAUAAGCACGUGUCCGUGAACUUUGUCCAAGACACAUCCAAAUUCUGGUACAAGGCCGAUAUCUCCAGAGAGCAAGCCAUCGCCAUGCUGAAGGACAAGGAGCCGGGCUCAUUCAUCGUCAGGGACAGUCACUCCUUCCGAGGAGCCUACGGCCUGGCCAUGAAAGUGGCUACGCCCCCCCCUUCCGUCCUGCAGCUCAACAAGAAAGCGGGGGAUCUGGCCAAUGAACUCGUUCGGCACUUUCUGAUCGAGUGUACCCCGAAGGGAGUGCGGUUGAAAGGGUGCCCCAACGAACCCUAUUUCGGGAGCCUGACGGCUUUGGUGUGUCAGCAUUCCAUCACGCCCUUGGCUUUGCCCUGCAAGCUGCUCAUUCCAGACCGAGAUCCGUUGGAGGAGAUCGCCGACAGCUCUCCCCAGACGGCGGCCAACUCGGCCGCAGAGCUGCUGAAGCAAGGAGCAGCCUGCAACGUGUGGUACCUGAACUCCGUGGAGAUGGAGUCGCUCACCGGCCACCAGGCCAUCCAGAAGGCCCUGAGCCUCACCCUCAUGCAGGAGCCGCCUCCCCUGGGCACAGUCGUGCACUUCAAGGUGUCGGCCCAGGGCAUCACCCUGACGGACAACCAGAGGAAGCUCUUCUUCCGGAGGCACUACCCCGUGAGCAGCGUGAUUUUCUGCGCGUUGGACCCGCAGGACAGGAAGUGGAUCACGGAUGGCCCCUGCUCCAGAGUCUUCGGGUUUGUGGCCCGGAGGCAGGGCAGUGCCACAGACAACGUGUGCCACUUAUUCGCAGAGCAUGACCCCGAGCAGCCUGCCAGUGCCAUCGUCAACUUUGUGUCAAAGGUCAUGAUCGGCUCCCCUAAGAAGAUCUGACCCCCCCCAGCCCGAGACCGAGGGGGGCCGGAGCGUCCGCUGCCGGCAUCUGGCCAGCCUGACGUUCCAGCCCCAGGAGGGCCGGGGGCUUCUCCUCUGGCUUCACAGACACGAGGACACACGGCGUCCCGUCUGCUGUCCUUCCCCGAAACACUGCUAGCCAGCACAUCUCCGUAGCCAAGCGCUUCCCGGGUGGAGGAAAGUGGGAUCCACGCGGCAGGGCCGAGCCAGGACGCGGGUCCCCGUGCCCCUUGCACGCCGGCAUCGGUGGGAAGGAGCGCAUCCGGCCCCUGGACGGCAGCCCUGGGUGACCGGGGGUGCCACCAGCCAUGCGCAGGGCCCCCGUCCAUCCAGCACCCGAGGGAGGCCUCUCUCCCACCACAGAGACACUAGCUCACCGAGAAGGGGAUGUAUGUUUGUUGAAGGUCCGUGCAGGUCAGGCCCUCCCAGAAGUCAGGGGACAGGAGCCGGGGGGGACGUGCUGGCUGUGAGGACCAGGAAGGCCACCCGGUCCCUGGGGAGGGCACCGAGCUGCCCCAGUGCCCCGG